AUGGCACCUCUUGCUAUCUCGGUGGUCAAACUGCUCGCCCUGGUGGGAGGCAGUACUACCAUGUCCAGCACUGAGAGCAUGUAUGUAUGUUCCUUCCACGGCGCCUACUCCAACUGGCCAAUCCUAUUUACAUUUGUUUUACCCACUGCUGGGGCAACCUCAAUCCCUAUUCGGACACACCUGGCUUUGACGACCAAAGUCUGA